CCGCCGGCCGCCCCGAUGGCAGCGCCCGCCCCUCUGCCGCACUCGCCCGCUUCUCCCGGCUCAAGUCCUCCCGGGACUACAGUAUUCCUCCGCUCCGGGGGCGGGCGGGCGGUGUGGGGCGCGCUGCCGCUCCGCUCCGAGGGGGCCGCGAUCCCCCGGCACCGCCCUGCCCCCGGGCGCCGCGGUUUUGUCGGCUCCAAGGGCGGGCGCCGCCUCUCCCCGCCCCGCACCUCCACCGGGCGGGCAGCUGGACCCCGGACUAUUUUCUGCAGCGGAAGCCGCUCUGUGUGCGUGUGCGGGCAAGGGGGAGUUGUUGGCAGUGCCGGGUCGCCCCUCCGGAGGGGCGGGUGCGGGGCUCGCCCGCGCUCGGUCCCGGCCCAUCCGGCCCCGCUCAGGGCGCUGGUGCUGCUGCUCCUCUGGCUGGGCGCGGAGCUGGCGAGUGCGGGUGGAAAGAAGUCCUACAGUGGGCCAUGUGGGGGCCGCGAUUGCAGCGCCGGAUGCAAAUGUUUUCCAGAGAAGGGUGCACGGGGUCGACCAGGACCAAUUGGGCUUCAAGGACCGAUAGGAGCACCUGGAUUUACUGGCCCAGAAGGUUUGCCAGGAGCAAAAGGUGAGAGAGGAGCAGUGGGCCCACCUGGACCAGCUGGACAGAAAGGUGACAAGGGUCCAAUGGGAGUUCCAGGAUUUCAAGGCAUCAACGGGAUCCCAGGUCAUCCUGGGCAACCUGGACCUCGAGGUCUGCCCGGCCUCGAUGGCUGCAAUGGUACCACUGGGAGUCCUGGCAUUUCUGGAUCAGAUGGCUUUCCUGGCCUACCUGGGCUGCCUGGUCGUCCUGGCCCAAAAGGCAUUAAAGGAGAACCUGUUUUUGCUCAAGGUGGUCUUAAAGGAAUGAAGGGAGAAAAUGGUCUUCCUGGAUUGGAUGGAAUUCCUGGCCCAAAAGGUUUUCCAGGUCCAGUAGGUUCUGCAGGCCCUAUAGGGUUACCAGGUCUGCAGGGUCCAGUGGGUCCUCCUGGGCCACCAGGUCCAAAAGGUAACAUGGGAUUAGGCUUUCAAGGAGAGAAAGGAGAAAAGGGCGAUGUAGGGCUGCCUGGUCCUCCAGGUCCCCCACCAUCCACUGGCAUACUGGAAUUCAUGGGAUUUCCAAAAGGAAAGCAAGGAGAAAAGGGUGAGCCGGGCCCUCAAGGAUUACCUGGAGACAAAGGAUUGCCUGGCAUUCCGGGAUUUGGAGGUGUUGGAGAAAAAGGAGAAAAAGGUGUGCCUGGCUUACCAGGUGGCAGGGGUCUUUUGGGACUGGAUGGAUCUGAUGGGAUUCCAGGGAGAAAGGGUCAUCCAGGUGUUCCAGGCUAUCCAGGACUGGAUGGAGUAGAAGGCAUGAAGGGUGAAUUAGGUGACAUCGGUCCCCCAGGCCCUCCUGUCGUUAUUGACAGGGAAGGUGUAGUCAUUUCAGGUGCACCAGGUGACCCCGGAAACCCAGGAAUACCUGGUCCUCCAGGAGAUGAAGGGAUCAGUGGUUUACCAGGCCUUCCAGGAGCUCCAGGGUUUCCAGGCCUGGAGAUAGAUGGAAUGGGCCCUGGAGGGUCUCCAGGUAUUCCAGGUGUGAAGGGGGAAGUGGGAGAACCAGGAAGAGCAACAAUUGGAUUACCAGGCCCUCCCGGCAGAGGUGGUUUACCGGGUCUGCCAGGAGCACCAGGAUUGCCUGGUCCACCACGCCCUUCAUUCUCCCCAGACAUGAUCCUGAGUGGAAGGAUUGGGGCCCCAGGGGAGCCUGGACAAAGAGGGCUUCCAGGAGCUUUGGGUCCAAAGGGCUACAAAGGAGAGGCAGGUGAUUGUGCUUGUGAUGGAGGAGUUACAAGAGCUGGUCUAAAAGGCAUCUCAGGUCCACCAGGUCCAUCGGGAAGCCCUGGUGUGCCUGGUGCUAAGGGCAUUGGUGGAGACCCAGGCACUGUGGGUGCACCAGGACUGCGAGGCCCUCCGGCUUCAGCUGGUCAGCAAGGUCUUCCAGGCCCUAAGGGAGAAAAAGGGGAUCCAUCCUAUGCAACAGCCAAAGGUGCUCGUGGGGACCGUGGUGCAACAGCACCCAGAGGACCUUCAGGCAUCCCGGGAACUCCUGGUAGGGAUGGACUUCCAGGCUUGCCAGGCCCACCAGGCCCUCCAGGUGAUGGUGGGCUAGGUUUCCCAGGUGAAAAAGGACUGCCAGGACUACCUGGCUCCAAGGGCCAUCGUGGAGAAAUAGGUUCUCCUGGUGUUGGAUAUCCAGGUCCUAGUGGAGUUCGUGGACCGCCAGGUGACCCAGGAGCAGAUGGGUUUCCAGGACAAGCAGGUCUUCCAGGCCCCCCAGGUGUCACCUUGCCCUGCAUAGUUCCUGGAGCAUACGGACCCCCAGGGACUCCCGGCUUUCCAGGACUGCCAGGUCCCAAAGGCAGCAAAGGCUUUUCUGGCAUUCCAGGCCAACCUGGAUUACAUGGGUCUAAAGGACAGCCAGGGUCUCCAGGAAUAAUGGGCUUGCAAGGGGAACCUGGUUUCCCUGGACCUCGAGGAGACCAAGGGUCACAAGGACUUCCAGGACUGGAUGGAACAGAUGGUUUGCCUGGGAAAAUGGGUGCUUCAGGCUUAGCUGGAAUAAAAGGAGCUCCUGGAGAUGUAUUUGGUGCUGAGAGUGGAGCCCUGGGAGAGCGUGGCCGACCUGGACUCCCAGGUGAUAAAGGGCUUACAGGUGAUAUUGGAUUUCCAGGACCAAAAGGGCUAGAUGGAAGACCAGGCCUCCUGGGUAUUAAAGGUGAACAGGGUCAUCCAGGAUAUUCAGGUGUCCCUGGAUUGCGGGGACCUCCUGGCCCUGGAGGUCCUUUUGGCAUUAAGGGAAAACCAGGACCCUUGGGGUCAGCUGGCCUUCCAGGAGCACCAGGGCUUCCUGGAGUCAAAGGUGUGACGGGGGAUGUUGGUCCACAAGGCCCUGCUGGUAUGAAAGGCUUCCCAGGUCUUGAUGGUGCUCCAGGAGCUCCUGGGGAAAGAGGAUUCGUGGGGCCACCUGGACCUUUUGGUCAAGAUGGACAUCCGGGUUUCUCUGGGCCAAAAGGUGAGAAAGGAUCUUCUGGCCUCCUUGGUUUUCCUGGCAUGCCAGGCCUGCCUGGUGUCCCUGGAGUAAACGGGUUUAAAGGAGCUCUUGGCACAGCUGGAGGAAAAGGAAGCCCUGGAGUUGUGGGACUUCAAGGUCAAAAAGGUGACAGAGGUGAUAUAGGUCCACCAGGUCUUCCUGUUCUUGGGCCUUCAGAACAAGCACUGCAAAUCAAAGGAGACAAAGGAGAUCCUGGAUUAGCUGGACUUGGAGGAUUCCCUGGACCUAGAGGUGAUAAAGGAAUCCCAGGAAGCCGUGGGCAGCCUGGUCUCCCUGGUCCAGUUGGGUUAGCAAGCAAAGAGAGAGGUCUUCAUGGUGACCCAGGCUUCCCUGGCCCACCUGGACAAUCUGGGCUGCCAGGGCAGAAGGGCGCACAUGGUAUCAUGGGAUUUCCAGGAAUGCCAGGAGAGAGGGGUUCAGAUGGCAUCACAGGAAUACUUGGAUUCCCCGGACCUAUUGGCCUCCCUGGUCCAAAGGGUGACCAGGGAGAGUCUGUUGGGGUUCCUGGCAUUGCUGGAGCAAAAGGAGAGCGAGGGGACCCAGGGUUCCCAGGAGAGAGAGGGAGAGAAGGACUCAAGGGUGAACCAGGCUACCCAGGAAACACUGGGGUGAAUGGACCCAAAGGCAGCCCAGGAGAUCUUGGCCAAGAAGGGCCAGCAGGAAUCCCUGGAAAUGCUGGGCCGAGAGGAGUCCCUGGGCCACCAGGACCUCCAGGACAGCCGGGAUCCGUUGGAUUCCCUGGAGCUCGCGGAGCAGCAGGACCUAAAGGGUUUCAUGGAUUUCCAGGUUUAAAUGGUCUGAAUGGCUUGCAAGGCACAAAAGGGUCUCCUGGAACACCAGGUCUGAGUGAACCUGGGCUGAAAGGACCUGCAGGUCUCCCAGGUACAAAGGGUGAAGAAGGCUCUCCAGGCCUGGGUAGAGGAGCUGUAGGAUUCCCUGGACCAAAAGGCUCAGCAGGAGACAUGGGUCCCCCUGGUCCUAUGGGACUGCCUGGCUUGCCAGGAACACCUGGAGCUUCUCUUCCUUCUGAUAUACGUGGGAGACCUGGAGAUGCUGGCCAUCCAGGAACUGAUGGGAGUCCAGGUUUUCCAGGUCUACCAGGACCACGAGGGCCCCCUGGCCCAGCUUCUGACCAGGGUGACACAGGCAAUCCAGGUUUCCCUGGUGUUCUUGGCUUGCGAGGCAUUAAGGGUGAUGUGGGACUCACUGGUCCAGUUGGACUCCCUGGAGCAUCUGGAUUCAAAGGUGUAAGAGGUGAGCCUGGCCUUAUGGGGAUGCCAGGGAAAGAUGGGCCUCCGGGGGAUCCUGGUUAUGCUGGGCUGAAAGGUGAAAUGGGCCGUCGAGGUCUCCCUGGCAGACCAGGGGCUCCAGGAAUAACCCCACAGCCAGAAGAAGUCACAGCCCCUAAAGGCUUACCUGGUCUGCCAGGAAUUGAUGGUGUCCCUGGCUUUGAUGGAGAUCCCGGACUCCAGGGCCCAGCUGGAAAACCAGGUGCAAAAGGUCUGCCAGGAAGAUCUGGUUUGAAAGGACGUGAUGGCUUACCUGGAACACCUGGCAUAGCUGGGGAUCCAGGAGCUCCGGGUGCCCCAGGACCACAGGGAUUUGAAGGUGUUGCUGGGAAGCCGGGCUCACUUGGUUUGCCGGGAAUGCCUGGUCGCAGUGUGGGUGUUGGAUACACUUUAGUGAAGCACAGUCAGUCAGACCAAAUCCCACCGUGUCCCAUAGGAAUGAAUAAGCUCUGGGAUGGCUACAGCCUGUUGUACGUGGAGGGGCAGGAAAAGGCACACAACCAGGAUCUCGGUUUUGCUGGCUCGUGUUUGCCUCGCUUCAGCACCAUGCCUUUUAUUUACUGCAACAUCAACGAGGUGUGCUACUACGCCAGCCGAAAUGACAAGUCCUACUGGCUCUCCACCACUGCUCCCAUCCCCAUGAUGCCGGUGGACAGCACCCAGAUCCCACAGUACAUCAGUCGUUGCUCCGUAUGCGAAGCACCUUCCCAGGCUGUGGCUGUGCACAGCCAGGACAUCACCAUCCCACAGUGUCCCCUGGGCUGGCGCAGCCUAUGGAUAGGAUACUCCUUCCUUAUGCACACUGCGGCCGGGGCAGAGGGUGGAGGUCAGUCCCUUGUCUCGCCUGGUUCCUGCCUGGAGGAUUUCCGUGCUACUCCCUUCAUCGAGUGCAACGGGGCUCGGGGAACGUGCCAUUACUUUGCCAACAAGUACAGCUUCUGGCUGACGACGGUGGAGCAGUCGCAGCAGUUUGUCAGUGCCCCUCCCUCAGAGACCCUGAAAGCGGGACAGCUGCGGACGCGGGUCAGCCGCUGCCAGGUGUGCAUGAAGAACUUGUAGGGACAGAACUGCAGUUACAUUCACAGCCCUUGUUACCCCAGAUUAGCCAUCACGGAUUGAAGAAGGGUAAAUUCAUGAACCUGUUUUGUGUGUGUUUGAUGGGUGAAUCGAGACAGACGGAAUUCCACAAAAAUCAAGUGUCAAGUCCAGGAGUUUGACCGCGCACAGAGGAGGGAAAGACCAGUGCUCUGAAACCACUUUUUGAAUGAAAAAUGGUGCUAUGCUUUUAUUCAGUGUUUUUUUCCCCUCAUUUGUGGCUACCUCAGAAAGUCUCUGCGAGUUCCUUGUUCAAACUGGAGAGCAGCUGACACCUCACACCACUCGUGUCCAGGGCACAUGCCAGUCAUCAUCCAGAGAGACUUUUCCAAAGCUAUGCUUAACUGGUGUCCUUGCAAACAGUACUUGGUCUAGUGUAAGGGAGUGAAGACUCAUUCUCUUAUGAAAUACAGAACUAGCUAAAAUUUGUGUGUUGUAGGUGACUUGGAAACACCAUGCAUUAAUGGUUGAUAACUGAUUUUCUUAGACUCAAAAAUUAAUGUUUUGCUUUGCUUAUUAUCCAGAUGAAACAUUCCUUCCUCCAGUGACAGGUAAUCAUUUCUAAUUCAGACUGUCAUCCACAGUUGACCCUGAAGAGCUACGAAAAAUGCAGUUUUUGAUGGGAUGAGGAAUCCAAAACUCCUCUAGUAUUUUUCAUAGCUUUGUAUUGAAAUAUAUUCCAGGUAAAAUGUUGAUUUCACGGUCCGUGCUUAUCUACCUGCAGUCACCAGAAAUGUUCUAUUACUAUGAACAUGUAUUUCCUUUCUGAGGCAGCCUUGGCACAUUUAUUUUGUAAUUAUUCAAGCUGUGUGUGUUUGAGAAGUAGAGCUUUUACUAGAUGGCACGUGAGCUUAUGCAGACAUGGGAGUAAGUGGGUAUGGGAUGUACAUUUUCUACUCCCACAGUCACAAUGUGUUGUAAACUGCUUCCUCUGGGCUUUUUGCUGUUAGUUUAAAAAACUGUAUUUCUAGUGUACACACCAUUAACUAGUCAUGCUUUCCUUCAGGGCAUAAUUAAAGAGAAGUGCCACUAAUUGGAUUAUCCUUGUAUAUUUUGAGGGAAAGGACAUUUCAAAGGAGUGCCUAGCAAAUACACUGUCACCUUGGCUUAAAAAUCUAAAAUUAUUCAGACAAUUUUUACUAAUGCAAGACUGAGGCAUUAUUUUAAAGUAUGAUUUCUUUGUGAGGUUCUAGGGCUCUAACUCUGUCCAGCAAAGUACUUAAGAACAUACUUGCAGAUAAUAUUUUAAGCAGAUAAUAUUUUUACCUUUAAUGAUGAUUACAUGCAUAACACAUUAUUAUCUUCCAAGAGGGAGGGGCAGAGACCUCUGCGUGUUCUGGAGUUGAACCACACUGGAGAUGAGCAGGGAAGUUGUGAAGGACAAUGUAGUCUUUCAUUUCACUUAUUCCUAAUUGUGAAAGAUCAGCAACUGCUUUGGAUGUGCUUUGCAAAUAUCCUUAUGGCAUUUUAACACCCAUGAGUGGCAAUCCUUUCAUGCAGGAUACCCAGUCUACUUCUUAGCUGUCCUGGCACAGACAGAUCAUCCUGGGUUCCAUUCCCCAUCAGCCUCAUUUCCAUCACUUUACCCCACUCCAGAAUCUUCAGGAGCUCUGUGGGGCUCAGGCCUCCCCUGAGGAGUGUUUCCCCAUGGCCAGGGGCGUGGUGGGGAAUGAGCCUGUUCUGCUCCACUGAGGAAAGGUUUCUUUACCUGUUGCUUUUUUUUUUUUUUUUUUAGCAUUAACUGCUCAAGACUGAGCAUUUCAGAGCAAGGGCUGUUUUUUUCAGGAGGAGGAGAGGGCUGCAAUUGCUGUCACAGGAACAGUAAGUUCAUGUAUUAACUAAGAAGUAAUGCUUUGUUUUUUUAAAAAAAACCAUGCAGCUAAUCCACAGAGAGGGGGAAGAAAGUUCUAUUUUUCCUACAUGUAUUGUUUCCAAAUCGUGGUUAAUAAACAUUGAAGGCAAACAAGGUGAGCUGUGACCAGGUUAUGACUAUUUUCUUGGAAGUCCCACUGGCCCUGAUCACAAAGUGCAAGUGAGAGCAGACAGCAUGCAAGAUUUCUCUAUGUUGUCAUUUAUUGCUGAAGAUGAAACUGCGAUUCACGUCCAUUACACUGUCGUGACACAAUGACCACAAUGGGGACUGUCUGAUAGUAAAAAGGAACUGCAUAAUGGAUUAAAAGAUCUUUGCCUUUAUUCUGAGCUGGUUUUCUUAUAGCUGCUAGAGAGAUACUCUGCCUAAGAAACAAAACUGCACCAGCUGUUCUGAUAAACCUGGAGAAUUAAGGCACUUUUACCAAAACAGAUUUCAAAAGGCAACAAGUCAAACCCCAACAAUUAAGUAAGUUGCAUAUACCUAUAUAUUAAGUUUUAAGAUAACCUGGGUUAUAUUUAGUUCACACAAACAAAUUAACAAAAUAUAGCAGCAUACAACCUAUGAAAAGCUUAAGAAAUUUAUUAGAUGCACAGAUAAAGUGCUGUAACAGAGAAACUUGUGUAAAUCUUUUUAAAAAUAAAUAAGGUACAGUUAAACCACCUUUGACUUACUUAAGCUCCAAAGAAAAGUCAGCCUAAGUUUUAAUGAUUGAAUUUUAAGGUCAAAGUGAAAUAUAUCAUAACUAUAACAGUGGUUGUGAUCUGUAUCAACUAUUUGAGUCUCCUGUUCCUCUUGAGGUUUCCCAGGAACAGGAAGGCUAUUGCAAAACGUAUACGUUAGACAUAGUUCCUUUCACAGAAACAUUUUUGUAAUAAAGUGUGGUUGCUCAAAUACAUGUUAAAAUAUUUAACAAGGAAACGAUUUUUUCCUGAUCCAGUCGAUCUUUUAAACAAGACAAUGCAUUUUUUCUAUGAUGCAGCCCAUGGGAGGGAACAGAAGUAAACAUCCUCCUUAACUGAAGACUGUUUUGCUUUAAGAACUAAACUAUUGCAUUAUAAGAGAGCAAGAAAUACCCAUUUUGUGUUAUCCCUUUCUCCAAACAUACAGCCCAUUGUCAGACAUAUUUUUGCCUUAAUGUCAGAGGUCCAUUUGUCUUCAGGAAAGACACAUUAAAAACAGGUUCCCUUUCAGGGUCUUAUAAUAAAAUCUUUCACUGCCUUUCCCUCUGGGGAAGCUGUUUGACAGAAGGAACUGUCACUGUUGGAGUUUUGGAUGCUACCAGGUGUUUGUGCUCUGUUAUCCAUGAUUUCAGGCACUUUGGGGCUAACAUGGCUGUGUGAUUUAAGUCAAUGCAGUAAUAUUAGCAAUAUGUUCAAUACUCAGAAGGGUCACCACAGUUUCCUUCAUACGCUCAGGAUUUCAAAUUCUUCUUCCAAUUCAAACAGCUUGUCUGUAGAUUCGAUGAGUUCUGGAAAAAAAAAUUAAACAAUUUAGAAUCUAAA